CCUCCCGCUCGCCCGCCCGCCCGCCGCGCCAGGCGCAGCGUGGGCCCCCGCGUCCGGCAUGGCGAGAACGGCGGCGGCGCGCGCCGGCCGCAGCAGCAGCAGCAGCAGCAGCAGCAGCCGCCUCUGCCGCCGCGGCUGCUGGCACUAGACCCGGGCAGCCGACGCCUGCGCCGUCGCCCUCGUCGUCCCGCCGCCUCCGCGCCGGCGCUGCGAUGGAGUGAGGGCCCCCCGCGCGCCCCGAGAGAAGCCUGCCCCGCCUGGACCUCGCCAGGCCCGCUCCACCCGGAGGUGCCCGCCGCGGCCGGACAUGCUGCUCGAGCGCAGGCCGCCCGCCGAGCCGCGGGGCUAGAGCGAGCGCCGAUCCCGGCCGGAGCACCCCCAAGCCGCGGCUGCGUCGGACGAACUCGAUCGCUGGUUUCUCUCUCUCUCUGUUCGGUCUGCAAGUCUCAGGGACGUAGGAGGGGCGCCAAGGCCCCAUGUGUGGGAGGAUUGCUUCAGCUUCACAAACUUGCACGGAUUUUGGUUGCUGCUUUGGCCGGCGGUUCUGCCCAGAUUUCUUCCGAAUUGUUAGAAAUUCGCCAUUGUUCCCCGGCUGCUUACAAACUUGGAUCCGGAAUUUCUUUUCAACCGGGAGCCAUUGGUGUCGAAGUGUCUGCAAUGAACCCGGUGAAUGCUACUGCUCUCUACAUUUCCGCGAGCCGCCUAGUGCUCAACUACGACCCCGGAGACCCCAAGGCGUUUACAGAGAUUAACAGGCUCUUGCCUUACUUCCGACAGUCCCUCUCGUGCUGUGUUUGCGGACAUUUGCUACAAGAUCCUAUUGCACCCACCAACUCCACCUGCCAACACUAUGUCUGCAAAACUUGUAAAGGCAAGAAAAUGAUGAUGAAGCCUUCAUGUAGCUGGUGCAAAGACUAUGAGCAGUUUGAGGAAAACAAGCAGUUAAGCAUCCUAGUGAACUGCUACAAGAAACUAUGUGAAUAUAUAACCCAGACAACACUGGCGCGGGAUAUAAUAGAAGCAGUUGACUGCUCUUCUGAUAUUUUAGCUUUGCUUAAUGAUGGAUCAUUGUUUUGUGAGGAGACAGAGAAACCUUCAGAUUCAUCUUUCACUCUGUGUUUGACACAUUCCCCUUUACCUUCAACUUCAGAACCCACAGCUGAUCCUCAAGCUAGUUUAUCUCCAAUGUCUGAAAGUACCCUCAGCAUUGCCAUUGGCAGUUCUGUUAUCAAUGGGUUGCCUACUUACAAUGGGCUUUCAAUAGAUAGAUUUGGGAUAAAUAUCCCUUCGCCUGAACAUCCAAAUACGAUUGAUGUAUGUAAUACUGUUGAUAUAAAAACUGAGGAUCUGUCUGACAGCCUGCCACCUGUCUGUGACACGGUAGCCACUGACUUAUGCUCCACAGGUAUUGAUAUCUGUAGUUUCAGUGAAGACAUAAAACCUGGUGACUCUCUCUUGCUGAGCGUUGAGGAAGUACUUCGCAGCUUAGAAACUGUUUCAAAUACAGAGGUUUGCUGCCCUAAUUUGCAGCCAAACUUGGAAGCCACUGUAUCCAAUGGACCUUUUUUGCAGCUUUCUUCCCAGUCUCUUAGCCAUAAUGUUUUCAUGUCUACCAGCCCUACACUUCAUGGGUUAUCAUGUACAGCAGCAACUCCGAAGGCAGCAAAGUUGAAUCGAAAACGAUCCAGGUCUGAGAGCGACAGUGAGAAAGUUCAGCCACUUCCGAUUUCUACCAUUAUCCGAGGCCCAACACUGGGGGCAUCUGCUCCUGUGACCGUGAAACGGGAAAGCAAAAUCUCUCUUCAACCUAUAGCAACUGUUCCAAAUGGAGGCACGACACCCAAGAUCAGCAAAACUGUACUUUUAUCUACUAAAAGCAUGAAAAAAAGUCAUGAACACGGAUCCAAGAAAUCCCACUCUAAAUCCAAGCCAGGUAUUCUUAAAAAAGACAAAGCAGUAAAGGAAAAGAUUCCUAGUCAUCAUUUUAUGCCAGGAAGUCCUACCAAGACUGUGUACAAAAAGCCCCAGGAAAAGAAAGGAUGUAAAUGUGGGCGUGCUACUCAAAAUCCAAGUGUUCUUACAUGCCGCGGCCAACGCUGCCCUUGCUACUCUAACCGGAAAGCCUGCUUAGAUUGUAUAUGUCGUGGCUGCCAAAACUCCUAUAUGGCCAAUGGGGAGAAGAAGCUGGAGGCAUUUGCGGUGCCAGAAAAGGCCUUGGAGCAGACCAGGCUCACUUUGGGCAUUAAUGUGACUAGCAUUGCUGUGCGUAAUGCAAGUACCAGCACCAGUGUAAUUAAUGUCACAGGGUCCCCAGUAACAACAUUUUUAGCUGCCAGUACACAUGAUGAUAAAAGUUUGGAUGAAGCUAUAGAUAUGAGAUUCGACUGUUAAAUCAGUGGGUCUUUAAACCUACCCCUGGUAGGAAAUAGCUACAGUUUUACGGCAGCUAUGGUUCUGUUGGUUUAACUUGCCGGAGCUCCUGCAUAUAGAUCACUUGUAUCAAGUGUUUUCAUUGCUAAGUUAUAUGUGUUAGUGUCGGGGAAAUAGUUUGCAGAUAAUGGAGGAGUAACCCUACAACUGUAUGUUCUUAGUUCUUACAGAACCUCAUAGUUUGAGAACAAAUGCUGAUGCAACUGAUUUAUACAAAAUGAACUUUGGCAAGGAAAAUAACAAUAACCUCAUUGUUUAUGGUCAUGCUUUGUGCAUAAUCAAAGUUGAUGAUUAAAUGUAAGGAAGUGGUAUCUAGUCAGUCCAUAAAGAUUGUGCUUUUUUUUUUCUUUUUUUUCUUUUCUUUUUUUUUUUUUUGGGUGGAAAAGUAGCCAUUAGUUUAUCAGGAGACUUUGUGCUGCCUUCAGAUGCCGCAUUGAUAUUUCUCCUGUUGAAAAGCUGAUGUGUCCAGCUCAACCUUUGUGCUGACAUAAUACCAUUUCUGAUCAUGAAAAUUGGCUACUGGUGUGUAUGUAGCAGUUAUUAAAUCAGCAGUAUUAUGAAAGAAAAUUUCCCCCUCAUUAGAAUGUUUAAGAAAUCUGUCUUUUAAAAAAGUGAACAAAUAAAUUCUGUCAGACCACAAAUGUUAAGCUGUUUAUGCUCCAAAUAUUUAUGAGUUCUGCCCCCUUUCUAGUUUCUGACUCGCUUCUAUGAGAAAAAUCCUAGGUCCUUUCAUUUUGAGCAAUGCUCUGUUUGGUAAAUAAAGUGAAGAGCUGUUUUAUUCUGAACAUAAUUGAAUUUAUAUAGUUCAUGACAGAAUUUUUAAAAAUAUAAAAAGAAUUUAAAAAUUGGGUUUUAUUUAAAAUAAUUUUAGAAUAAUGCCCUAAAUGUACCCAGAUUUAUUCAUUAUAUUUAUUGCCAUUGACGACUUAUUUGAUUUUUAUUUCCUGUUUAUUUGCCACAGGCUUUACCUUGAAUAUGCUCCUUUUUUUUUUUUUUUUUUAAAGGGUGCUGUUCAUAAUGAAGGCUUCUUUAUCAAGGCCUUAAUAAAAAAUGCCUUUAACGAAGCCUGUGCAUUUAGGUAGGUGUAAAGCUUGGAGGAUUUUCUUUAGAAUGCUCUUUUGCAUGUAAAGCACAAAAGGUGUUUCAGUUUUAAUGUACUUCUUCCUAUUAACUUUAUGGGGAAGACAAAAACAUUCUGUUGACGGGAAGUCUAGUCAGUUGCUUGAAAGAGCACAGCCCAGGUUAAACAAGGACUGACUAGGUGUAGAGAUAACCUUGUGAUUUCAAAGAGUUGCUGCUUUGGCAGUGCUUAUUUUAAGAAAAAUACUGCUAGGGAAGUUCCAGUUUGUACCGCAUUCACCAUCUAGUGAGAUCUGAUGUGUUGAAGUUGUUUUGAUUUGGCACACAGCAUGUUCGAUGAUGGUUACUCGCCUCAUAAAGACAUGGAGAAGAAUCCUUUGGACACAGAGCAGAUGACACCUCCUGUUUUGUAGUGUACCUGGUGUCACUUUCUGUGAAUGUGUCAGGUAGUUGUUUUGUUGUUGUCAUUGGGCUUUUUAAAAAAAAAAACACAAAAAAACAAAAAAAAAAACACGAAAAUUUUUUGGUCUCUUUUGGUGGGGCGGGGGUGGGCUAAAGCCAUAGGAAGAAAAAUGUGAUGUAUGUGUCCAGUAUGUACGAUUUUGUUUUUGUUUUGCAAGAAGAGUUGAACUAUUUUUGAUAACAAGAGUAAAUGGUGGAAAAUGCUUCUUA